CGGUUGGAGGGAGGCCCGAUUCCCCUUUGUUCGGGUUCGCCAUUUUGCGAGGCAGCGGCAGUGGCGGCGGCAGCGGCGGCUGGAGCCUCUGAUUGGGUUUCGGAGUCCGGUACUGGAGCCAAUCAGCGCGGGCAGCGAACCGGGGGAGCGAGGCACGGAGUGCAUCUCACAGUCUUCUAGACUCUACAGCGGAAAACUCACUGUGUACGAGAUCUUUGAGGGACCAUGGAGCAAUAUACAACGAACAGCAAUAGUUCGACAGAGCAAAUUGUUGUACAGGCUGGACAGAUUCAGCAGCAGCAGCAGGGUGGUGUCACUGCUGUCCAGUUGCAGACUGAGGCCCAGGUGGCAUCCGCCUCAGGCCAGCAAGUCCAGACCCUCCAGGUAGUCCAGGGGCAGCCAUUAAUGGUACAGGUCAGUGGAGGCCAGUUAAUCACAUCAACUGGCCAACCCAUCAUGGUCCAGGCUGUCCCUAGCGGGCAAGGUCAAACCAUCAUGCAAGUACCUGUAUCUGGGACACAGGGUUUGCAACAGAUACAGUUGGUUCCUCCUGGACAGAUCCAGAUCCAGGGUGGGCAAGCUGUGCAGGUACAGGGCCAGCAGGGCCAAACCCAGCAGAUCAUCAUCCAGCAGCCCCAGACUGCCGUCACUGCUGGCCAGACUCAGACGCAGCAACAGAUCGCCGUCCAGGGGCAGCAAGUAGCACAGACUGCUGAAGGGCAGACCAUUGUCUAUCAGCCAGUUAAUGCAGACGGCACCAUUCUCCAGCAAGUUACAGUCCCUGUUUCAGGCAUGAUCACCAUCCCAGCAGCCAGUUUGGCAGGAGCACAGAUUGUUCAGACAGGAGCCAACACCAACACAACCAGCAGUGGACAAGGGACUGUCACGGUGACACUACCAGUGGCAGGCAAUGUGGUCAAUUCAGGAGGAAUGGUCAUGAUGGUGCCUGGUGCUGGUUCUGUGCCUGCUAUCCAAAGGAUCCCUCUACCUGGGGCAGAGAUGCUUGAAGAAGAGCCCCUCUAUGUGAAUGCCAAGCAGUACCACCGCAUACUUAAGAGGAGGCAAGCCCGGGCCAAACUAGAGGCAGAAGGGAAAAUUCCAAAGGAAAGAAGGAAAUAUCUGCAUGAGUCUCGACACCGUCAUGCCAUGGCGCGGAAGCGUGGUGAAGGUGGACGGUUUUUCUCUCCAAAGGAGAAGGAUAGUCCUCAUAUGCAGGAUCCAAACCAAGCAGAUGAAGAAGCAAUGACACAGAUCAUCCGAGUGUCCUAACCCCAGGCCAUGUGAUGGACCUGGAUUAAGGUCACCUUCCUCACCAUUGUUCCAGGAAAUUGAUCAGUUCUUCCAAUGGGACACUGAUGAUCACAUUCUGCCCUUUUUACAGGACAGAAGCCCACUUAGUUUUUAAUAAGUGGCUCAGUAUUAUAAUUGCAGCAGUGUCUGGCAAAUUGAAGUUGCAAGUCUUUCUCACCCUUUCAGUCAGGACCUGUUUUAGACUGUUGAUUACAUUGACAUUUCAUGGAUUAGGAUGAUGCAAGCGACUCAUGCCAGCCCAGCAGUACCACACACAGCACUUACGUUGUCUGGUGAAGCCAGCCAGCUAUCUCAGCAGGGGAAAAUAACCUUCUCAAGUUAAACUGAAUUUGGGGAAGCUGGAGCCUACUUCUUCCCAUGGAAUCUAAAAAACCAUCCAUCCCUCUGAUGAGGGAUCUCAGGCUAAGUAAAUGGACGCUCUGUGUUCAGAGAUGACUUCCUGGCAAUGAAGUUCCAUCUCGUAAUAUGGAAACAAUAAAUUCUCUGAGAUAUAUUCAUCUAAUCUGUGGUAAUAAUAAGAAUCUCUGUCUGCCCAGAUGAUAGGUUGGUAUUUUUGGACUCCAGCCAAGAAAAAGCUAAUUCUGGGGAUAGAAUGAUAAAAGAAUCAAGCACUAAAAAUAAUAAUUGCUGUAUCUUUUUUAGCUUUGACCAGUUGUGGUCUGCUUGUGCAUCUGUUGACAGGUCAUCUGGACCAUAGUUCUUACUAUAGCUACUUUUAAGACAUUUUAGAAGGUAUUGGAACUCGAAACUUCCUUUCCUAAGUAGAGAACAAAACAAUACAACUUCCAUGCUGAAGUGCUGAAGACAGUGGUCGCACCUCCUAAACAGAGCCAAACUAGAGAUUUUCAGUCAUAAGCUUGGUGACAGCAUUUGGAAAAUAGAAGGGUUUGUGUGUGUUUCAGUCUAGAAGAAGAGAGAGUUGUAUGUAUACCCAUAUGUUGUCAUAUAGCAUGAUUGAUUCUUCAGUGGAUGGAUGCCUGGGAUGGAUCAUUAAGAUGAGAAUAAUUUACAUUUACACUAUAGCCUUUUACCAAGAACAGAAAGGGAGCGGUAUGAGAUUUGGUCCUUGUCAGUUUCUGGAAAGCACUGUUCAAUGCAGCUGCUGUGGGUGUUCUCCAGGUUACCUGCUAGAGCUUGAGGCAGGUAGAUGUUGGCUUCACUCCUGCAGCACUUUGUGCUGGCCCCAGAAAACACAUAUUCUCAUUCUUCCCAUGGCAACUGACUCUGGCUCCAGUUUUCAUUUGUUUCCCUCCUUUCUCAAUAGGCCUCGUGCAGGAGGUUUUCAUAUUGCAUCCAUAUCCUGGGGACAAAUUACAGACUGGAAAUCAAGGUGCCUGCAGUGUAAGAAACUGGACCAUAGUUCCCAGAACGGGUUGUGCCUCAUUUUCUAGAUGUUGAACCCUGUUUAGAAAUAAGAUGAUAUUUCAGAAGAGCUUCUUCCUACUCUGGAAACAAAACAAUUCUUUUGAGAAACAUGUGGGUUUGACUUAAAUACCAAGCGUAAAGAUUGGCUUUUUUAUUUUACUCUACAUUGAGAGAGAAAAGAUAAAUUUAACUCUAAAGAAAACAUCACAAAGGGAAAUCAUUGUAAUAGAAAAGAGGUACAGGGCUAUGCAAAAGAAGCAGGAAGUGAAGUAUUUCUAGUUCCUGAAAUCAAAUUAUCUCUUGGCUUCUGGUGGGGGUCAGGGAGCUGAUUCUUUGGUAGGCUCACUAGAAACUUCUGGCUCUUUUUAUAUAUUGAGUUUCAGAUGUUAAUUUUAUCCAGUAAGCCCCAAACUUUUCAGAUGAUAGAUUAUUAAAAACAAUGAGGAAUUUAUAUAUCCUUUGGUUUGUUUAGGAAUCUUUAAGAUGCAGAGUUCAGGAAGAAAUUCCUCAGAUUUAAUUUCUAGUAUUUAGGCCAAUAGCAAUUCUAAAAUGCUAUUUAUUUGUGUCUAUAAGUUUGUACAUAGUAAUACCAACCUCAUUGUUGCAGAAUUAUUUUUUCAUGCAUUUGAGUUUUGUUUGAAAUGAAAUGCUGGUUGUUAUUUUGUCACUGCAUUUCAGCUAACUCCCGGCCCUCUUAUUGUGGUCAUUUUAGCACACCAUAAUAUCCCACAAAGUGGGGCUUUGAGAUUUGGACAUUUUCUUUGUUACUAGAAGUUCUUUUAUUCAUUUGUCCUUGUGACUGUAGUGAUGACUUCUAGAUGCAGAAAGAGUGAAUGGAUGAGUGAAUAAUUGGUUUAAUGCAUAGUUAUUCUACUUGAGUGCUUUUUUCCUUUCAGGAUAAUUGUAAAUGAAUAUAUUUUCAUUGUACUGGUACAUUGAACAUGUCAGUGUCUGUACCACUGGACCAACAACAUUUUAUGGCUAUUGAGUGCCUGAUGAUAAUGUCUUGCUUUUUCUUUGGGACUCCAAUUAUAUAUCUUUUGCCCUCAGCAGUAAGGGGAGUA